CAAAAACUUGCAGCCCUUUCCAGUGGAAAAAAAAAAAUGAAGAGAGAACAGGCGCUUUUCAUUUACAACCAGUGAUUCAACUGGGUAUGUGAGACAGGGCAGAUCACAGCUGGUGACUGCUGAUUUAAAAAGGGAAUCGCACUGAGAAAUGGUCUCCAGUCAUGUAGUGACAGGAUGAGUUUGUUCAUGAGAGACGCGCUGGUACAGUUCAUAAAGGAGGAAGAGGAUGAGGUCACUGGGGAACCGACACCAAAUUAGAGAAACAAACGAGGAAGCUGGAGGUGAUGUCUGACAUGGUCUGAGAGCUCUAAUGGAAUCUAAAUAACUUUUUCUUUCCUCUACGAUGCAUAAGAGAUGGAUCCUCCGGAGGCUCCCUGUCUUGAUUUUAACCCUUUUCAUCAUCCUCUCUGUGGAUUUUCAAUUACGCACCAGCGGGAUUGCUAAACUGAACGGGAGUCACCAUCCAUCACCCGGCGCGCACCAUCGCUCCGUCCAGGAGGCUCCGUCCCCGGCCAAGGACGCACCAAACUCGGCCGGCAGCACAGACAUCACCCCGGAGCGACCUCGGCUCUCGGGGACAAACCGGACCUCACCAGGCGGACAUGUGGCCCCCAAGAAGUUGACACUGGAGGACAUUUUUAUCGCCGUGAAGACCACCGGGAGAUUCCACAAGGCGCGUCUUGCGCUCCUCUUGGAGACGUGGAUCUCCAAAACCAAGGCGCAUACGUUCAUCUUCACAGACGAGGAGGAUCAGGAGCUGCGGUCAGAAGGUUACAACAUGGUGGUAACAGACUGUCAGUCAGACCACAGCCAGCAGGCUCUGUCCUGCAAGAUGUCUGCCGAAUACGACGGCUUCAUGGCCUCAGACAAGAGAUGGUUUUGUCACGUGGACGAUGAUAACUACGUGAACCCGGACGCCCUCCUCUCCCUCCUCUCGGCUUUCCCCCAGGACGGCGACAUCUACGUCGGCAAGCCGAGCCUGGACAAGCCCAUCACCGCCCACGAGCUGCUGGAGGGCAACGCGACGAGGGAAGUGCAUUUCUGGUUCGCCACAGGAGGAGCAGGCUUCUGUCUGAGUCGGCGGCUGGCAGAAAAGAUGGCUCCCUGGGCUAGCGGGUUGCGGUUCGAGCAGACGUCGGCGGCGAUCCGUCUCCCGGACGACUGCACGGUGGGCUUCAUCGUGGAGAAGCGGCUGGGCGUUGCCAUGGUGCACUGCCCGUUAUUCCACUCCCACCUGGAAAACCUGCUGCUCAUCAGCCACAGCAGCAUACCACAGCAGGUGACGCUGAGCUAUGGGAUGUUUGAAAACAAGAUGAACAGCAUCGAGGUGAAGGGAAGCUUCUCCAAGGAGGAGGACCCCUCCAGGUUUAAGACUGUCCACUGCAUCCUGUACCCUCUAACCAGCUGGUGCCCCUGAACGCCCCAGACAGGACUACAACUCCCAGAAGCACAUGGGGGGGCAGCUGCAGACUGGUGACCCAGUGGGGUGAAAUGCACUCACUGGAAAUUAGUUUUUGUCCAAAUGCAGUGGAUGCUGGUGGAUACAAAAGACGUGCAUGAGUCCAGAGGAUGUGCCUUUCCCUUUUGAGAUGCAGAGCUGCGGCUUGGAGGGGCAGAGGGGACACCUGAAGACCCAACGGUGCAUUCAGGUGUCCCAUAACCAACUGGGAUCAAACUGACUUUUGGUUACGAUAAUACAGGACAGUAGCAAGAAAAUCUCCAUGGGCUGAUAGCGCUGUUGUUGGGGGGGAAUAAUUUAGAAAUCAGAAAAAAAAAAAA